GGAAGCAUCAAACUUGUAUUUUACCAAUUACAACUUUGUCUAACAAAAUGGAUUUAUUACUGAUAUCCUUAACCACUAUCAUAAUCGCCGCCUUCAUGCAAAAUCUACGACGUCGGGGAUACAACAUACCUCCAGGACCACCAACGCGAUUUCUGAUCGGAAACCUUCAUCAACUAAAACCACUAUGGACGCAGUCUUUCUCCGAGUGGUCACACACUUAUGGCCCCAUCAUAUCGGUGUGGUUAGGAUCACAGCUAGCUGUUGUGGUCUCCAGCUCUGACUUGGCCAAACAAGUGUUGAGAGACAAAGACUACCAACUUUGUAACCGACAUAGAACCGCAAGGAUGACUCAGAACGGCAGUGAUCUUAUUUGGUCCGAUUACGGAGCACAUUAUGUUAAAAUGAGGAAACUCUGUACACUCGAGCUCUUUUCUUUGAAAAGCAUGGAGUGUUUCAGGUUGAUGAGAGAGAUGGAAGUAAGUUCCAUGGUUAAGUCGAUUUUCAAUGACUUGAUGACCGAUGAUCAGAAACCGGUGGUGUUGAGGAACUAUCUAGGUUCUGUUGCUUUGAACAUUGUUUCAAGAUUAGUUAUUGGGAAAACGUUCGAACCGAAAGACGGCAGAGAGUUUAAAUCGAUCGUUGAAAGGGAGACUCGCUUGCCCGGCGCAACCAAGAUGCUUGAUUACACCAUUUGGCUUAAACGGGUUUCGUCUUGGUUCACCAGCGACAAGGCGUUCAUGAAGCACAUGGCUCGGAAAAGAAAUUGGUUUAAACGAGCUGUAAUGGAUGAAGUAUAUGGAGGAAGAGAUCAAAAGUGUUUUGUUCAGAGUCUGUUAGAGUUGAAAGAGAAGAAUGAGCUGACCGAGGAGACUGUGAUGGGACUGGUCUGGAACAUGUUAACCGCAGGAGCUGACACAACCGCCAUUACUAUCGAAUGGGCAAUGGCAGAGAUGGUCAGAUGCCCGACUGUGCAAGAAAAGGAACACAUCGACAUGACCGAGAAGCCUGGAUUAGUUUGUUACAUGAAGACUCCAUUGCAGGCUCUAGCUUCGUCCAGGCUGCCACAAGAGUUAUACCUUUAACUUUUCACUGAAAUAGAUUAUAUUAACCGAC